GCAGAUAACAGGUUGCCAGAUUUGGUCAGAUUGAUCUGAAUGUGUCUUAAGGCUUUGACCCCCACAUUGCAAAAUCAUAACCUGGCAACUCCGCCGAAUUUGAAAAGAAUCCUUGAGCACACAAUUUGAUUGAUGUCAUAAAUAGUGAGGACGGUUGGUUACCAUGCCAAUGGGCAAGCUGGGUACAUAAAAUAGCUCCAGAAUGUUCAGUUUCCCACACACUUAAUUGUAUAACACACAGCGAGUCAGCUAGUAGUUUGAGUUGUUAAUGUUUACUCAUUGUCUUUGAGAAUUAGGCUAUAUUUGUCAUCAAAAUGUCACAGUGUGCCCACAAGGAAGGGCUGUGCAAUAUCAAGAUUUUAUGUUUGGCCUUUAUUUUCUGUCUCAUAAAGCCAGUUUUUGCAAAGCCAACUCCUGCAAAUGUUUUUGCUUCCUCAUCAUCGCUGGAGCACAUGACUUUGAUCAACCCUUUUCAGAACAACCCCGAUGUCACAACCCCAAAACGGACCCAUUUUGUAAACGCAUUGCUUGGACAAUUUGAGAGUUUGCUGGUGAAAGAUGGUACUUCUCCAGGUAAUUUGGACCAGGUGACUCAAGGAUAUCCCGAACCCUACACAAAUGCUAAAGACCCCCAGGGGCUUGUGAAGUCUCUAAUGUCUGUUCUACAGACUUACAAGAAGCAAACAGCAUCACAAGGCAAUGAUCACGUCUUCAAACUGUGGGGAAAAGCUCCAAAAACAAAGAAGAGCACCAAUGAAAUCAAACCCAGAGUCAACAUAUUGACAGACCCCACUUACUUCGAGCCACUUGUGAAAGUUAACAUGAUUUUGGGCCUCUUUUUCUAUGGCUUCAUCGUGAUAGUGUUUAUCUACGACUCUGUCCGAGUUUCCAUGGAGGCCAGAAGAAGAUCUGACGCUCUAGCUGAUGCCAGGCUGAAGAGAAAAGAACCACCCCCUGUUGAACCACAGUCAACUUUAUCCAAAUAUCGGCAGAGCAUCGCUUCAUUGUUUCACUUGGAAAAUACAUCAUCCAUAGCUGACGGUUUGAAGGCAAAUUAUCCCAAGGAAGAGUCUGAGUCAAACAUACAAUUUGCAGACUGUGCAAAUGGAAAGAGUGCUGUCAGCCUUAGAGAGUGGGAGCCUCUGCCUAAGUCUCAGCUGACUGAUGUUUGCGUCAACUGAGGACCACGUCUUAAUACCGAGUGACAUUUAAUGGAAGCAACAGAAAUGAACUCUCCAAAUAAGAUAAUGUUGAGACUGCCACCUUUGAAGACCGCCACUUUCUGUCUCAUCACUUAGCCCAAUACUUACGUUAGUAAUAAACAUAUCUUGCAUUCAAAAUAUAGGCCUAUGUGAAAAGUAGUUUUUGGUAUAUAUGAUUAACUGCUAUAUUAAUUUAUUUAUUGAUUACUUAUGAUAAUGUAAAAAGAGAAUGGUAACAUUAAAUUAACAAUGUUGUUAGUUACAAAUACUAUUGUGUUGUAAAUGCUGUACAUUAUUUCCAUUAUUAUGUUUGUUUUUAAUACUGUUAAUCUGCAAACAUCAAUAUAGCAAUAUUAUACUGUUGCUCAUUUUAGGUUUCCUAGGUGUUAGGCCUCACCUUUUUCCCAAAGAGAGCUAUGUCUUGUGUCCUCUGAUGCUCUAAUUAAACAAUAUUUA